GAGCCGAGCAACAGCAACGCAAAAACCUGUCAAUUUGUUGACUGCGCUUGUAGCUGAAGGACCGCAUUUUCGGUUGCAUGGUCAUCGGGAAGACUUUAUUGGCUAUUUACAUGUCGAGAAUUCAUAAACGCGGGUCGUUUUCGGCGUAGAGUGACGGAACAAAAUUUGGCGGAUUUACGGGAAGUGCUUGAAUCGCGAACCGCGCUAGUGAUGGUGAUAAAGUGAUUGGCUGUUGGAAGAAAAAUAGGAUUUUCGGGUUUGGAUCCAGUGACAAGUUUUAUUUUAGUGUCCGGAAAGGUGAAAAUAACAAUCCACAAUGGUCCUGCUGGCGUCAAUCAGUGCGUUCCUGUCGAUGAUUACAUUGGCCCCGUUACUGUCGUUGAUGUUUUUCAUCAUCUUCCUGGCUUCGAUGGGCAAAUCUUUGGGCGUCCGGCGGAUGUACGUGCAGCUGCUGGUGAAAAUCUUCGAGUACGGUCGACAAAAUAUAGAACACGUUCGUAAGAGACAGUAUGCCAACCUCAACACAUCGGAGUGCGAGGAAGCUCCACCUGCAACAAAAUCAACCGAACAAUCAACUGAAAAACCGACCAGCCAAACAAAAGACAACUGUGUCGACAAGGUGGUCCCAAAACUCAACUCGAGCACAGCGACCAACGGAGAUGCCAGCAAACCCUUGAAGAACGGAGACAUUGCCAACGGUGGCAACUCGGUGAUCAGUCGCGUCGAGUCGCUUAUCCUGCUGCCGGAUAUGGAUGGCGCCCGAAGCAAAAGCCGAGAGUCCAACUAUGAUGACGAUAACGAUUCAUUGGAAUUCAAUCUGACCAACUGUUUGGACUACGUCAAAUCCGGCAUGGAAGCGAUCAUCGAAGACGAGGUGACCAGUCGAUUCGAAGCUGAGGAACUGAAAAACUGGAACCUUCUGACCAGAACGAACCGGCACUACGAGUUCAUAUCGUGGCGGCUGACGGUCAUUUGGGUGAUAGGUUUCUUCAUUCGGUACGUCAUCCUCAUGCCGUGCAGGGUAUUUAUCUGUUUCGUCGGGGUCGUGUACUGCGUGAUUGGAUUUGCUUUCGUCGGCAUUGUGCCCAACCGUUCACUGCGCGUGAAGGCAAACGACUAUGUGUUCAAGCACACCUUCCGCAUAAUCUGCCGUUCGCUGUCCGCAGUGAUUCGUUUCCACAAUCUAGAGUACAAACCGAAGAAUUGCGGCUUCUGUGUCGCCAACCAUACGACACCGAUUGACAUUGCAAUUCUUUCGACCGACCACUCGUACUCUUUGAUCGGACAAAGGCACGGUGGAUUCCUGGGAGUUCUUCAGAGAGCCCUUGCGAGGGCCUCUCCACACAUUUGGUUUGAGCGGGCUGAAGCCAAAGACAGAAUGGCAGUGGCAAAGAGGCUAAAAGAACACGUAUCCGAUCCGACCAACCCACCUAUUCUUAUCUUCCCCGAGGGUACCUGUAUCAAUAACACAUCUGUGAUGCAGUUCAAAAAAGGAAGCUUCGAAGUAGGCGGUGUCAUAUACCCGGUGGCCAUCAAAUACGACGCCCGCUUCGGUGAUGCAUUUUGGAACAGCUCUCGAUACUCGAUGAUGCAGUAUUUAUACAUGAUGAUGACCUCGUGGGCGAUUGUUUGCGACGUUUGGUAUCUGCCCCCGAUGACGAGAGGCGAAAAUGAGUCAGCCAUCGACUUUGCCAACCGAGUGAAAAGCGUCAUUGCCAAGCAGGGUGGUUUAGUGGACCUGGUGUGGGAUGGUCAGCUGAAACGAAUGAAACCAAAGAAAGAGUGGAAGGAGAAGCAACAGGAGGAGUUCACCAAACGGCUAAAAGGCGAAUGAUGUCCGGCCGCGGUGGACACGAAAUGUGCGAUGACAUUGUAGGAGAAUGACCGAGUUGGCUUGUAGUGUAUCUAACUCCCUGUGGUACUAGUGUGAAAAUUGUUUGGAAGAUGGAUGCGCUAAUGGAUGAUAUGUAUGUGGCAGCAGAACGUUGAUGAACCGAACAUAGAACAAUUUGAUGACGCUCUAGUCUGCGAGAAAAAGACAAAUUACAAUAUAACUAUUAAUAUAACAGCCAAAAUUUAGGGUGGAGCCUACUACAGAUAGAUAUAAAUGUUAAUUUACAUUUAAAAGUGAGAAAAAUGAUAUUUAUUGCAUCCACGGUAGAUUCAAUUGUACAGUAAAAAAAAUGAUUUCAGCGAGAAUACAACCUUCAUUGUGAACCUUAGCCAACAUCCCAGUUGCGUAAAAAAAAGUUUUUACCUUUUCGUUUCAGCCUUGGCUACCAAAUAUCAAACGUGGAUUGCACUAGGAUGAUAGCAUGUCCUAUGUAUUAUAUCAGCACACAAACAAUUUACACUGCUUUAAAAAUCAUUGUAAUAUUAUAAGUAGACAGUAAAACUACAAAAUAAGACUGAAAAUCUUGUAAUUUUUGUCUAUGAGUGACAGUACCGACCGCGAAAGACAGCGAAAAAAAUGACCAAAAGAGAGUUAUGUACAGGCACAAUGAGAUGAAUGCGAUAUAACAUAUGAAGCGAUUGUCCUCGUAUGUUAAAAUUGUGAAAGCAAAUGUCAAUUUACAUAGCAGUGUAUUGUACAAAUGUACAUAUGGGACAAUCAUGUUAGAAGAAAAGAGCACAUUGACUAAAUGUGUGUGCAUCGGACUGUAUGGAGCAUUGUUUGUCGCACAAACAGAGCCAUCAACCCGUACUAGAAUAAGCUGGAAUUAGUCCUGCAAAACAACACCACAAAGCUGCUCUGACAACACGUGGAACUAUCAGCAAGCGAUUCGUUUGUAUCGUUUGAAAAUGUCGAAAUAUACACUAAUUCACUCAG